CCUGGUGGUGCGUGUCUGUUGUGUCUCUGAUGUCGUGUUCCUGUUGCGUGUCUGACGUUGUGUAUGUGUGUCUGUCUGUUAUAUGCCUGACAUUGUGUGGUUGUCUGUUCUGUGACUGUUGUGUGUUUAUUAUGUCUGUUGUCUGUCUGUUGAAUCUGAUGUGUCUGUUAUGUCUGGUGUUGAUUUUAUGUUGUGUCUUGGUGUGUGUGUAUGUCUAAUGUGUCUGUGUGCAGGUCUGAUGUGUGUCUGUUAUGUCUGAUGCUUUUUGUUGUAUAUCAGACAUUGUGUGUCUGUUGCAUGUGUGUUGUCUCUGACGUGUAUAUGUUGUGUGUUUGUGUCUGUUAUGUCUGAUGUGUGCCUGUUGUGUGCCUCGCCUUGUGUGCUUGUGUGUCGAUCUGAAGCCCAUUCAGGUUUGUUGAGUUUCCAAAUGACAAAUGGGGGUUGUUAAACAUUGCCAAACCUGACGCCAUCAACAGCAUGACUACAAUCAUCAAGCAUUUAGUCUUUGAAGUGCUUGUCUUUUCCAUCAAUACAAACAGUUUAUUAAAACAAACUGAGAUUAUUUUAACAGGCAGGAAAGUCAGUCAGAUGACUGAGAACGAGCUGAUAUCAACACUUUGGUGGGUUUCAUUCUACACUGACAGUCAUUAAAAACUUUGAGACCGUAUUUUUCAACAUAAUUUUUAUUUUGAAGCCCGAAACCGGAUUUUCUUCAUAUGAAUCAUUUGUUUAGCAUACUGGCAUACAGAAACAAAAAUCUAAAGUUUCAAGAAUGAUUUCAAAAUAAAGAAUUUCACAAAAGAAAACGGCACCUGCCAAACACAAAGUCACAACAGUCAAUACAGAGUAUGGCCUCCAUUUGCUUCGAUGCAGGCAGCAAUCCAUCGGCGCAUGCUUUGGACCAGGCUUCUGAUUGUGGGUUGGGAACAGCCCAUACGCCUGGCUACAUCAGUGUAGCUCAAACCGGCCUCCACCAUACCCAGUGCCCGGAGACGUUUUUGACGUCGUUUUGGGCCUUUAUAUAGGCCUUCAAAACCCAUUCUCAAGUUGUGCAGAUACUCACUGAGUAUUGCUUGGUGUGUAUUUGGUUCACUUUUGCAAAGUGACCAACCCAUGUGCAAUGAAUCAUGACAAAAUGACAACUCAUCAUUAUCUCAACUACCAGGGCACUAGAUCAUCAGUAAAUCCACAAUGAAUAAUUACAACCCCCCUACAAGUAGAAUUCUGCCUACAUUUCUACCUCAAAGUUUCUAUUGACUGUCAGUAUACUUUUUGCAUUGUUUAAUGUGUUUCUAUGGUGAUCUACUCCAGCUUUUUCCAAGUUUGCCAUCAAAUUUGAAUGUAAACAAUUCUUUUUGAAACACUCCAAUGUGAUGCACAGUGCCCCAACAUUCCAAGCUGCUUAAAUCUAUCCUCAGAACACAGUGGAAGACCGAUCGACACACAAGCUGCAUUUUGACUUGUUCCCACAGUUUUUUUGUUCCUGAACCACCACAGAAACCACUACGAUGGAAGACAAACGUCAAAGAAGCAGGACUAAGAGUCCAAGCAGAAAGACCAGCUCUGACAAGCUUUCUGCAAAACCACAGAAGAGGAGACGCCUGGAUGGUUUCCAAGAUGAAGAGUCUCCAUGUACUUCAACAGACACUGGCAGAGUAUUCUUCUUUGAAGGAGACCAGCCUAAAAGAAGAAGAACAACGGUCAGUCAUGAUGACCAAAAUAAAAGUAAAUGGGAAACCAGCCGAGACAGAGAGGAGCCUUCAGCAAAGAAGAGGAGACCCCUGGAUGUUUUCCUGGUGGAUGGAGAGUCUCCAUCCACCUCAGCGGACACCGAUGCCGACGAACCAGGGAGGAAAAAGAGAAGGUACUUUUCAGACCUGGAGGUGACCAAUGAGGACACUGGAGACGACUCAGCCCUGAUAGCUGCAUUCGAAGCCCAGUACGUGCAGCAGAAUCCUCUGGGAGAAGGAGGCUGUGGGUCGGUGUAUGCUGGCUACCGUAAAGCUGAUCUAUUACCAGUAGCCAUCAAAUAUGUCCCAAAGGACAAAAUUUUCUGCAAGCACAGAGACAAGAAUGGGAAGCUGAUUUCUGUCGAGGUGGCCAUCAUGAAAAGACUUGGUGGUGGAUCAGCUGGUUCAGCGGGGAAGUCGGCACCAGUGGCCCUGCUGGACUUUUAUGAUCUUCAGCAGCAACUGAUCCUGGUGCUGGAGAGGCCAGUCCCUGCUCAGGACCUCUUGCAGUACAUUAUGGAGAAUGGAGGCUGUCUGGAAGAGGAGGAGGCCAAGAUUAUAACGAAACAGCUGGUCGAUGCAGCGAUACAUCUCCUGGAAAACCGUAUUUUCCACCGGGACAUCAAGGUGGAGAAUAUCUUGAUUGAGACGGGCUCAGAUGUUCCACGAGUUCGUCUCAUCGACUUUGGUCUGAGCUGUGUCUUUAACAGAGGAUCAUCUUAUAACGUCUUCUACGGCACCAUCGAUCGGAACUCCCCCCUGAGUGGUACUACUCCCAUACAUACACCGCGGGCCCAACGACGGUGUGGCAAGUGGGAGUGGUUCUGUAUGAAAUGGUUCACAAGUAUGCGAACUUUGAGACCAGCAGAUUCCUCAUGAACAGGCUGAGGAUCAGCAGCGACCUGUCAGACAAUUGCAAAGAUUUUUUGGAGUUGUGUUUGACAGAGUUAUCAAACUACCGCCCGACCCUAGAGCAGCUGAAGACUCACCCUUGGCUCAGAUCCCCGGUCCCCAGUCCGGCCUCCUACCCGGCCUCCAGAGGGGUCCCCAGUCCAGCCUCCUGCCCGGUCUCCUCCUUCUCCUCCAGAGGGGUUCCACCGGUCUCCAGUCCGGCCUCUUGCCCGGCCUCCAGAGGGGUCCUGCUGCCACCGGUUCCCAGUCCACCUAUAAAGGACCUGGACCCCUCCUUUCCUGCACCGUCUGACCCGGCUGCUUGUCGUUGGACUUAAAACAACUUGAAAGUAGACUAGUUUAUGAACAAUAAAAAAACUAAUACAUUUGGAUAAAAGCUCAGUGAACUAUUUUCUUCAUAUUGAAGAUUUUUUUGCUCUGAAUUACAGAAAAGUUUUACUUUUUUACAGUGAAAGACAUUUUGUGUCGUCAGUCAGAAACGACGAAACAGAAAAUGACCUCGUAUCUACUAGUUUCUACCACUUCAGAUUUAAUCCACUAACAAACUAUCAGAUGUCUGAUUAUUCUGCACUGCUGCUGGUUGUCAGGUUUGUUUCCUCCUUCAGCUUCACACAUGAAUAAAGUUACAGACAUCUGGAACAAGA